AUGGGAAAGAUGGCGGCUCCAUUGAAGGAUGUUGAGCAAGUCAGAAAGGCCUGGAGGCUGGAGAAUGUACCCUGGUGCGAGCAGUACGAACGGAUGAUCUCAGGAAUGCUCUACGAUGCCUUCGUUCCCGACCUGGAAAACGCACGCUUCAAAGCCCGCGCCUGGUCCCAUCGCUACAACAACUACUUCCCGCCUGAAGCCAACGCAAAUUUCGAAACGCUGCAAAAGACGCGCCUGGCCAUGCUCCACGAGAUCAUCGGCCGCCUCGACGACGACGAAACCAUCAUCGAGCCUCCUUUCCACAUCGACUACGGCUGCAACAUCAGCCUGGGCAAGCGAUUCUACUCGAACUUUAACUUGACGAUCCUGGACUGCGGCCUCGUUACGAUUGGGGACAGGGUCAUCAUCGGACCGAAUGUGUCCAUCUUCGCAGCCACGCACGAGACGGAAGUCCAGAGCCGGAGAGAUAAUGUCGAGUUCGCGAAGCCGGUGACGAUUGGGAACGACUGCUGGAUUGGCGGGCACGUGGCGAUUCUGCCGGGAGUCACGAUUGGUGAUGGAUGCACGAUUGGAGCUGGCGCGGUAGUGACCCGGGAUAUCCCUGCUUGGAGCGUUGCCGUUGGUUGCCCUGCGAGGGUUACCAGAGGGAUCGCGAACUUGCCCAAGAUUGAAGAGGAUCCGGUACCUCAAACUCCGGUGACGAGAAAAGGAUCGGUUUGA